AUGUUCCAACGGAGUACCCGGCGGGCGUUGACUUCGCUUACUCGAACCACACCGUGCACAACAUCGACCACGCGACUAGCCCCUGUUUUGGUGCAGAGGGGCCAGCGAUGGUACAGCAUACAUGCCAAUCAUGCUGCUGAGCGGGGGCUUGAUAUUGAGCCCUCAAAGCUGUCUAUCACCAAGACGACGACGCCGAAGGAGCUGGUGCCGAAUAAUGAGCUCGUCUUUGGACAUUCGUUUACAGACCACAUGCUUUCCAUCGAAUGGACUGCAUCAGAGGGCUGGCUCAAUCCGCGGAUAACUCCCUACCAAAACCUGUCGUUGGAUCCCGCGACGUGCGUCUUUCACUACGCAUUCACCUGCUUCGAGGGCAUGAAAGCGUACAAAGAUGCCAAGGGUCAAAUUCGUCUCUUCAGACCAGACAAGAAUAUGCAACGGUUGAAUAAAUCCUCCGCCCGCAUCGCAUUGCCCACCUUUGACGGCGACGCUCUCAUCGAUUUAAUAGGCAAGCUUGUCAAGCUUGACGAGCGCUUCAUCCCUAGAGAUCCGGGCUACUCCCUGUAUCUUCGACCGACAAUAAUAGGCACACAGCGAACCCUGGGCGUUGGCCCUCCUGGUUCAGCCCUCCUCUUUGUAAUCGCAUCUCCGGUCGGUCCAUACUAUCCUACGGGUUUCAAAGCCGUCUCCCUUGAAGCAACAGACUACGCUGUUCGCGCCUGGCCUGGAGGUGUUGGCGACAAAAAGCUGGGUGCUAACUACGCGCCAUGCAUUGUCCCUCAGAUGGCUGCCGCCUCGCGUGGCUUCCACCAGAACCUGUGGCUAUUCGGCGAGGAGGAAUAUGUGACUGAGGUGGGUACGAUGAACCUCUUUGCGGCAUGGAAGGACAAAGAGACGGGUGUGCCGACGCUUGUGACUGCGCCCUUGGACGGAACCAUCUUAGAGGGCGUAACUAGAGAUAGUAUUCUUGCCCUUGCGCGCGAGCGGUUGGUCCCCAAGGGCUGGAAGGUUGAAGAGAGAAAAUACACCAUGCAAGAAAUUUCCGAUGCCGCGGAUGAGGGUCGCAUGCUCGAGGUGUUCGGUGCUGGAACAGCUGCAGUCGUGUCUCCGGUACGAAGGAUCAGUUGGAAGGGUCGGUUGAUUAAUUGUGGGCUACCAGAAGACCAGGAGGCGGGACCAAUUGCUCAGCAGAUGAAGGAUUGGAUUGAAGGGAUCCAAAGGGGAGAAGAAGAAGGCCAUCCUUGGAGUCAUAUCGUACACUAG